GUUGGCAAAGGCCAGGACGUAAGGAUGGAGGUGAAAUCCAUGGAUCGGAUUGAGGGACUAUAGAGAGGGCAGAGGAGAUGUUCAGAAUGGAACAUACAUGUGCAGCUUUACCAGAUUCUAGUUGAAAAGCUUGAAAGACCAACAUGAGCUGGAGCUUUCUCACUCGUCUCCUGGAAGAAAUCCACAACCACUCCACCUUUGUGGGAAAAGUGUGGCUGACUGUGCUCAUCAUCUUCCGCAUCGUGCUCACAGCAGUCGGAGGGGAGUCCAUCUAUUCGGACGAGCAGACCAAGUUCACAUGCAACACCAAACAACCGGGCUGUGACAACGUAUGCUACGAUGCUUUUGCUCCCCUCUCGCACGUGCGCUUCUGGGUCUUUCAGAUCAUCAUGAUCUCCACUCCCUCCAUUAUGUACAUGGGUUAUGCUAUUCACAAGAUUGCCCGAACUUCAGAGGUGGAGCGGAGGAAGCACCAGAGGCUCUGCAAAAAGCCCCCACCUCAUUCCAGAUGGAGGGAAAGCCACCACCUGGAGGAUGUGUUGGAGCAGGAGGAAGAUGACGAUGCUGAGCCCAUGAUCUAUGAGGAUACUCUGGAGGUGCAGGAGGUCAAACCUGAGCCAGUCAGCAGCAGCAGCAGCAGAAAAGACCAACCAAAACAUGAUGGCCGCAGAAGAAUUAUGCAAGAAGGACUGAUGAGAAUCUAUGUUCUUCAGCUUAUGUCACGAGCUAUUUUUGAAAUAGCUUUCCUUGCAGGACAGUAUCUCCUCUAUGGUUUUCGUGUUAAUCCUUCAUAUGUAUGCAGCAGGAUUCCCUGUCCGCACAGCGUGGACUGUUUCAUCUCGCGGCCCACAGAGAAAACAAUCUUCCUCCUCAUCAUGUAUGUGGUAAGCUGUCUUUGUCUAGUGUUAAAUGUGUGUGAGAUGCUUCACUUGGGAAUCGGUACUUUUCGGGAUACGCUUCGCAUGAAGAGGAAUCGGGGUCGACGGACGACCUAUGGCUACCCUUUCUCUCGCAACAUUCCUGCCUCCCCUCCGGGCUACAACCUAGUGAUGAAGACAGACAAACCUGGCAGGGUUCCCAACAGCCUCAUCACCCACGAGCAGAACAUGGCUAAUGUGGCCCAGGAGCAGCAGUGCACCAGCCCAGACGAGAACAUCCCCUCUGAUCUGGCAAGCCUGCACCGGCACCUACGGGUUGCCCAGGAGCAGCUUGACAUGGCCUUUCAGACAUAUCAAACCAAAAACACCCAGCAAACCUCCAGAACCAGUAGUCCUGUAUCUGGGGGAACUAUGGCAGAGCAAAACCGCGUCAACACAGUGCAGGAGAAACAAGGGGCAAGGCCAAAAUCAGCCACAGAGAAGGCUGCGACUAUUGUAAAAAAUGGGAAGACCUCUGUCUGGAUAUAAACAUGAAUUAAAAAAAGUAUAUUAAUAAUAAAAAAAAAACAUUUAAGACUCCAGGACUGCACUGGGACACUGAAGGAUGUGUGAAUGAGUACGAGUUGUGACACGGGACAAUUACAACCUAGAAUUUCAAUCACACUGGCUGAAGGAGUACAUUACACAAUAGACUUGUAGAUUUUGCAAAAGAAAAAAAAGAAAAUACACAGGAAGGAAUUAUCAAAUGCAGACUCAUGAAACCUCUCUGUUAGUAUAGUGUCUCAUUUCGUGCUUGCCAUAGCUUUCAGACUUAUUUAGUUACGGUAACAUCUUUAAUUCCAGCUAAAAUUUCAAAGUAAAUUGUAUAUUACAUAGUAUAUUAUCUGAUCUACCCUUGACUGCUGCUUAACUGGAUUUAUUUGAAGAAAUUUAACGUUGGAAGUGUGUACCCUUGUACCCUAAGCCCAAAUUUGAAAAUGUAGAACAAGACACUGUAUCAAUGCACAAUGUGUCAUUCCUGAAGCGUGAUGAUUGUUGUUGGAAAGAUACAUGAUGAACAUUUGGGGAGUUAUGUUUGGACGAGUGUCGCUGGAAGAAGAUUAGAGGUGGAAUAUUUUGCCGAAAGAUGGAAUAUUUAUGAUAAGGGUGAUAGAAUAGGGCUGUGUGACAGGAGGCUCGCCUGGUAAACAUCCGCUCAGUGUGAUGAUCUUCAGUCGUUGCGUACAAAGCCUUUAUCUAUUCCAUGUUUUCAUAUUUGUUCUUCUGUCACUGAAGAGUAUUCUUCUCAAACUGGUUUUUAAGUAAUAUUUCCCCUUGCCUUCACUCUUGUCAUACUUACAUACACACACAUACAAAGUGCCUCAGAAUUUUAAAGACUGUUCUGGUAUUUUACUCAUAAAGAAAUAAAAGUAUUUGAAACCUCUGACUUCUUGCUUCAUGGUAGCUGUGUUGUCAUGUGAUUGAAUACUGUAUGGUGUGUAAAAUUAAAGUGUGAGGUAACAGCAAAAAAUGGAGGGAUUAAGUUUGAUUUCAUCAUGGGACCGCAAUAUCUGCACACCAGUUAAUGCUCCGACAAACAAACUCAAUGUUGUGGUCAUAAGAAGGGCCUGCACCUGCAAUGGUAAAAUACAUCAUUUAAAGUCGAGCAUUAACUGGUGCGCCGACAUUCUCAUCUGAUUUGUGUCACUUCUGUCCUUCACCUUGUGUUUAUCAAGUUCAGAUGUAUGUGCUUUUGUAUGAUUUGUAAGUUUUAUUUCAUAUCUGGGGAGAGACUGUGGAUAUUCAGACGAGAUCAGACCACUUCAUUUUUCUUUUUAUAUUGCCAACAUGUUGAUUACUGAGCUACAGAGCUGCUAAAUGUUGUGCAGUUGUUUUCCUCCUAUUUUACUUUUGUUUCCACUUCCAAGCACAGCCUAUGGCUGUGUAGCUAAAGCAAACAUUAUAUUAUAUUAUAAUGUACCUGCCACUAACAGAACAGCCUGUGCUUUUCCAAGCUUUGGAGAAGGACAUGAUGUCAAACUGCACUAACUAUGUUUAAAAAAUAAAUCUAGAUUGAAUAUAUUUUUGGUCUUGUAUUGUUAUGGGGCCUUUUCCAGGAGUUUUGUUAGAAACAGACUUUUAAAUAUUUUACCUUUUAACUAGGUAUGUUGUUGAGUAACUACAGGUGUGUCUCCGUGUUUAUUUUUGUACUUUUUCAUUUGUGUCAAGCGUUAAGGAGCACUGCAUGGUCUGUAGGACAUUUUAGUGCAUCAGAUGUUCCCUAUUCAGUGUUUCGCCAUUAUGAUUAACAGGACGUAGUUAUCCCUGACUAGCACUGAAUUUAUUCCUCAGAGCAGAAAACCUACCAGAAGUGGACAUUAGUUUAGGAAUAGGAUUUCCAUGCAUGCAUUUUGAGAAUUGAUGCUAUGUUUGAGAGGUCGAACGGAUUCUUUCCUCUGCAAUUUUUUUUGUUCUAUGCAUAAAUAAAUACAAUGUGCUUAA